GCUCAUUGUGAACUUGCUAAUAAGGUUAUCAAUCAAUCAGCUGUGUUCGUGAAAUUUUCUUAAGCUUUUGCUCGUUUCCAGCCGGCAACAAUAAAGGAUUCGUUAUAUCCUACCUUUUGAAUAAAACCUUUGUUACUAAUGUAUUCCACGCAUAGAUUAGUGUCUUUGUUCACCCAGUACAGUAUACGAGCCACAAAGCGCUGCGCUCAUGACGAAGUGCGCGUACGUUUUGCACCCAGUCCAACAGGUCAUCUGCAUUUAGGUGGAUUGCGUACAGCCUUGUACAAUUAUUUAUAUUCGCGAAAUAAAAAUGGUAAAUUUCUAUUACGCAUAGAGGACACAGAUCAAACGAGACUUGUACCUGGCGCCGCCGAAAGCUUAGUCGAAGACUUGCAAUGGGCAGGCAUAAAUAUUGAUGAAGGGCCGGGAUUUGGUGGAGAACAUGGUCCAUAUGUACAAAGCGAGCGUAUGAAAAUAUAUCAAAACGCGGUAAAAGAAUUGCUGGUGAAUGAUACUGCUUAUCGCUGUUUUUGCACAGAACGCCGUUUGGAGCUGUUACGUAAAGAGGCAUUACGUACGCGGCAAGUGCCCCGCUAUGACAAUAAGUGUCGUUACCUGACACCGCAACAAGUAGCUGUUCUGUUAGCCAAAAAUACACCAUAUUGCAUACGAUUUAAACUGACGUCACAUAAUGAACCGCUGGAUGAUUUAAUUUACGGUUCAGUAACGCAUAAUGUCAGCGAGAAUGAGGGCGACCCAGUUAUCAUGAAAACCGACAACUUUCCCACAUAUCAUUUUGCGAAUGUAGUGGAUGAUCAUAUGAUGGGUAUAACACAUGUGUUUCGAGGCGUGGAAUGGCAAAUAUCGACAACAAAACAUUUGCUGCUCUAUAAAGCCUUCGGCUGGCAACCACCGCUCUAUGGCCACUUACCCCUUUUAGUUAAUUCCGAUGGCACAAAAUUAAGUAAGCGUCAAGGUGAUAUUGGCAUCAAAAAUUUCCGUGAAAAAGGUUAUUUCUCGGUGGCGCUUGUGAAUUAUGUUAUCAGCGCAGGAGGCGGAUUUGAUCAUAGCCCUGGUCAAAAACAGCAAAUAUAUUCAAUGGCGGAAUUGGCGCAUAAUUUCACUAUCGAACGUGUAAAUUCACAUCCCAGUCGUUUAAAUCCUGAUUUGUUAAACGAUUUCAACCGUUUACAUAUACAUAAAGUGCUACAAAAUAAAACAAAUACCGAAGAUUUGGUGCGCCAUGUACAAGGGCUGGUGCGGAGUGCAUAUCCUAAUGAGCAAAACCUCGAUUUAGAUGAUCAGCAUAUAGAAAAUGUUUUAAAAUGGGCAGCAAAACGCUUAACUUUUUUGCAGGACUUAACUACUUCAAAGUUAAGUUUCCUCUGGGUACGACCUGCUGAGUUCAAACUGAAACAUAUGACAAAGGAUCAAAUGCACUCGUUGAUAGAUAAUUUAGUUUGCAUAGAAUUCACCAAAGAUAAUCUCAAUGACAAAUUAAAAGAAUUUGCUGAUGUAAAUCAACUUAGAUUCGCUGAUUUUAUGAAAACACUGCGUGCGGCUUUAAGCGGUUUAAAGGAGGGUCCUGGCGUCGCUGAAAUGAUGGACAUUCUUGGCAAAGAUUGUGUUUUACAACGUCUCAAAAGUUGCAUACCAAUACAUAGUGCGGAUGAGGCGAAAAAAGCUGCGAAAGAAAUAUAACCUUUUGGCUUCGUUUACGCUUUGUGACGAAUACUUUUGUUCAAAUUGGUAUG